GGCUCUACUGGAGGCUGGAGACUGCUGUUAUUGCUGUUAUGGUGGAGUUAAAUAGUUCUAUGUGUAUUUGUUUGUCUUUUGAGAAGGAAUGUGCGGUUUGAAUGUAUAAGUGUUGGGCCUUAUCGGCUCUUGCACCGCGACCUGCAGUGAUCUAUUGUGCGGUUUAAUACUGUUUCUGUAGCAAGAAAUUUGAAAAUCUAGAAACGCUACAAAAUCGGGACUCAAGGUGUCUUGUCUGUACAGCAGUUGCCUGCCAGUCAGGUGUUAUGAGUUUUGAGUAAAGAGGUUCGGUAUGAAUUUGUUGGUGUUUUGAGAAGGAAUGAUCGGUUUAAUACUCUUUCUAUGACAUGAAAUUUCAAAAAACGAAAUGCCCUUCUGUUUCUUGAGAAUGACGCACAGGUAGCAGCACAUUACGAAUGGCGCCCGCGGGUCUACAAGUAACGCUAAAAUUUCAGGUCUGUGUGGCUGAUGGCUGUCAUUCAGCUGUUUGUCGCUGUUAUGGUGCAGUAAAAUGGUUCGGUGCGAGUUUGUUUGUGUCUUGAGAAGGAAUGUGCAGUUUAAUACUUUUUCUGUGACUUAAUAAAAAUCCAAACAUCCGUUCUGUUUCUUGAGAAGGACGCACAGGUAGCAGCACUUUAGGAAUGGCGCCGCUGUGUCCGCAAUUUCGUGUGUUAGCAGUAGGUAGCUGUCAGUCGGUUGUUAUCGAUGCCAUCGUGGAGUGAAAUGGUUUUGUGCGAGCUUGUUUGUGUUGUGAAAAAAAGAAUGUACCGUUUAGUACUGUGUAUGUGACAGGUAACAAAAAUUCAAAUUGGUGUUCUGUGUUUUUGAUAAUGACGCAGAGGUAGCAGCACAUUAUGCUUGGCGCCACGGUGCCCACUAAUUACGCUUCAAAUUCGCAUCUUGACGUGUUGUCUGUGAAGGAGUUGGCGUUUAUGCCCAUGUAAAAAUGUUCGGUGUGAAUAUUUUGGUGUUUUGAGAAUGAAUGUGCAGCUUAAUAUUAACUUUGUAACUUGUAGUUUUACAGAAGUUCUGUUUGUAGAGAAUGAGGCACAGGUGGCAGCACGUUGGCAUGCAACCACGGAACCCACUAAUGAUGUUACAGUUACGCUUCUACAGGUGUGUGAAGUCAAGUGUGAAUAACGGUCAGUCAGUCAGUUUGGUCUUUAAUUUGUAAUACUGGUGUAUAAGUAAGAAUGGGCUUGUUAUUUUGCAAGAGUAAGAAGACAAGGAGUAAGGAGGAGGAAAUAGAGAGAUUCGUUUUGGGACUAAAGCGGCAGAGAGAUGGAAUGAUCGAAUAUCAGAGGAGGACAAGAAAAUGUCUGCGAAAAGAUAGAGAAGUGACGAUUAAACUACUGAAAGAUGGAAAAGAAGAUCAUGCGAAGAUACUGAUGAAAAAGGUGAAGUGCCAAGAGCGAGAUCUUCAAGCGUCUUAUGGCCAGCUGAGAAACUUGCAGGAGCUUGUGUACACCAUGGAAAUGGCCCUAAUUUUAUGCAGAUAAGGUUUCUUCGUUCUAAUAAAAGUAACUGAUGUGCUUAGGUUGCAUACAAGGAGUAGCACAUCUAAAGUUUCAUAGUUAACCAAAACUAAAUU